AUGGCGCAAAUUGAUACUUUGGACUUGAUCGUCCUGAUCGCUCUUCUCCUCGGAACCGUUGCUUACUUCACCAAAGGAACUUACUGGGCUGUCCAGAAAGAUCCCUACGCCGCUGCCUCCGGCGCCCUCAAUGGAGCCAAGGCUGGUAAGACCAGGAACAUCGUCGAAAAGCUGGAUGAAACGGGCAAGAAUUGUGUGAUCUUUUACGGCUCUCAGACCGGUACCGCCGAGGACUAUGCAUCUCGUCUCGCCAAGGAAGGCUCCCAGCGAUUUGGUCUCAAGACCAUGGUGGCCGAUCUUGAGGAAUACGACCUCGACCUUUUGGACACCUUCCCCGAAGACAAGAUCGCUUUCUUCAUCCUUGCCACCUACGGUGAGGGUGAGCCGACCGAUAACGCCGUCGAAUUCUACCAGUUCAUCACUGGAGAGGAUGUCUCCUUUGCCAGCGGUGCCUCUGCCGACGAUAAGCCUCUUUCUAACCUCAAAUACGUCACUUUCGGUCUCGGAAACAACACCUAUGAACACUACAACGCUAUGGUUCGUCAAGUCGACACCGCAUUGACCAAAUUGGGCGCCAAGAGAAUCGCCAGUGCUGGUGAAGGAGACGACGGUGCUGGUACAAUGGAAGAGGACUUCCUCGCAUGGAAGGAGCCAAUGUGGACUGAACUCGCUGCUGAAUUUGAAUUGGAAGAGCGUGAAGCUCAGUAUGAACCCGUCUUCUCCAUUACCGAACAGGACGACUUGACUGCUGAAGACACUGCCGUCUACCUUGGUGAACCCAACCUCAACCAUUUGGAACAUGCUGGCAAAGGACCCUACUCUGCUCACAACCCGUACAUUGCCUCCAUCGCCGAGUCUCGUGAAUUGUUUACUGUCAAGGACCGAAACUGCUUGCACAUGGAAGUUGAUAUUUCUGGAAGUGGCUUGCACUAUCAAACCGGUGACCACAUUGCUGUCUGGCCCACCAACGCCGGCCUUGAGGUUGAUCGUUUCUUGAAGGUCUUCGGCCUUGACGCCAAACGUGAAACUGUCAUCAAGAUCAAGGGUCUCGAUGUCACUGCCAAGGUUCCUUUCCCUGCCCCCACCACUUACGAUGCCGCUGUUCGUUACUACAUGGAAAUCUGUGCUCCUGUCUCUCGUCAAUUCGUCAGCACCCUCGCCGCAUUCGCUCCCGAUGAGAAGGCCAAGGCCGAGAUGGUGCGCCUUGGAAAUGACAAGGACUACUUCCACGAGAAAAUCAGCAGCCAAUGCUUCAACAUCGCCCAGGCCCUUGAAAGUGUUUCGACCGCUCCUUUCUCUGCCGUUCCAUUCUCCUGUUUGAUUGAAGGUAUCAAUCGUAUCCAGCCCCGUUACUACUCCAUAUCCUCCUCCUCCCUCGUCCAGAAGGAGAAGAUCAGCAUUACCGCAGUUGUCGAGUCUGUUCGCAUUCCGGGCGCUACUCACCUUGUCAAGGGUGUCACCACCAACUACCUUUUGGCGCUCAAGCAAAAGCAGCACGGAGAAUCCAACCCCGAUCCCCACGGUCUCACCUAUGCUCUCACUGGCCCCCGUAACAAGUACGAUGGAAUUCGCGUCCCGGUUCACGUCCGACACUCGAACUUCAAGCUGCCCUCAGAUCCUUCCAAGCCUGUUAUCAUGAUCGGACCUGGUACUGGUGUUGCUCCUUUCCGCGGAUUUGUCCAAGAGCGUGCCGCUAUGGCUGCUCGAGGCGACGCAGUAGGACCCACAGUUCUGUUCUUUGGAUGCAGGAAGAGCACCGAGGAUUUCCUCUACAAAGAUGAGUGGAAGGCUUACGAAGAGCAACUUGGAGAGAACUUCAAACUGUUGACCGCGUUCUCCCGAGAAGGUGCCGAAAAGGUCUACGUCCAACACCGCCUGCGUGAAAACGCAGCCUACAUCAACAAGCUCUUGGAGCAGAAGGCCUACUUUUACGUCUGUGGUGACGCCGCACACAUGGCUCGUGAGGUCAACACUGUCCUCGGCCAAAUAAUCGCCGAACAGCGUGGCUUGACACCCGAGAAGGGUGAAGAGAUUGUCAAGCAUAUGCGCAGCAGCGGAACGUACCAGGAGGAUGUAUGGUCAUAA